AUGCCGCCGAAGAACCCGUUCGCCAAGCCAAAGGCGACAACCAUCCGUCGUGAUGGCAAGGAGGUGUACAAGGGACUCAAUGUCCCCGACUAUACGCCGACGACCCCGUUGGAUAAGCUCUUUGUCGAUCUCGAGCGGAAGUUGGCGCCGCAAGCCGAUGUCGCCGCCACCUGCCGGGCGUUUGCCGUCGAUACUCAGUACCAAUUGGUGUCGACGUUACUCGACACCCUUAAACAGAUCCAGACGUUUGCCAUUGAAGAAAAGCCUCGGGCCCCCGACGGCAACCAGCACCUCAUCGCCAUCGCCAUGCACGACCUCAAGACGUUCUCGAAGGUGGUCAACGCCAUUAUCAUCUACGGCGUGUACCCGGCGUUGCUGAGGUACCGCAUCGGGAUCCCGUUUGCCAAGCGGAACCUUCUGAGGUUUUCUAAGAUCAAGGACAUUGAGCCGCUCCCCACUGACGCCGAGGCGGGGGCGAUGCUCAUGCUCAUAUACACCAAGCUAGCGGCGAUCCUCGAAGUCGACGGGGAUGUGCGUGAUCUUCUUUUACGGGGCACGGGUUUCUCCGAUUUGCUAGUGGUCACCAUCGCGUUAAUCACCACCCCUGCCCUUGAACAAUACGCACCUCAAGUGGACUACGAUAGAGUGGUGCACAUUGGUGAGACCUACGAACUAUACCAAACGUUUACGUUAUUAGUCAGUACCCCGCUGCCACCUUACUUCAAACAGUUUGUCUUCAAAAAGCUCCAGCGUCUACCAUACGACUUUGCCAACGGCGUCAAGACUUUAGUGGAGUUUGUGUUGGGCCUCCGAGAAAGUACCGAGGUCAAGGUGGACAAGUUUGACCAUGUCGUCCAGGCGAUCAUGUCCAAGCCCCAGGAUAUCUCCUCGGUAGACUACUAUACCAAUAUCAUUACCCGCCAGUGCUAUGACCUCCUCGUCAAUAUCAACCGGCCGACGAUUACCAGUUGCAUUGUCUACGUCCUUGACAAGCUAUGGCAACGCAACUCUCGCAUCAUCACCGAUUUCUUGUUCAAAAAGAUCUGGUACCGAUUCAACCCUGAUCUCAAUCCUAAUACCCCCGAUACCCUGGUGAUAGUCGAUGAAGCUGACCUCAACAACAACCUCAACGUUCUUAUAAGUCUUUCUAAACAAGGUGCUGACCCUGAGUUUCUUCAGGCAGGGUUUGCUCCCAUGAUCGUGCCGCUUUGGGGUUACUUAAUGACCCUCAAACAACGGCUGAAACCGGUCGGGGUGGUGACUGACUUGUUGGUGAGUUACUUCACUACCGCUAGUGAAACGUCCACGACCAAUCUCGACGCCAUCGCCCAGCAUUUGACCUUUGAUGGUACCGAUAACUGGUACUUCCUGUGGGGGCCUAAUGGUCUUACUCAGAUCAGAAAACGCGUGGAACCGCUUGAACAAGACCCGCAUAAGAAGAUCCAGUCAUUUGUCAACGCGGUGGAUCGUGGGUGCAGCGAGUUCAUCACCUUAUUAGAUGCGAUUGGAGAUGAAGCCCUAAUCACGUCCGAAUUUUUGGUCAUUUUGAAACGGUGGAUUAAGCUCCUGGGAGCCAGCGAUACUGACCCAUUCCUUGCCCUUAUCGACUUGAAGUUGCUUGAAGCCAUUGGGGAGAAGUUUGGCUCUGCAUUGUGUGAGAAGCCCCAGGAAAUGUUGACGGUGGUGCAAACUCUUUUGGAGAAACCUCAGGCUACUCACUCAAUCACGGCUGCCUCAGAAGCUAUGGAUGUUGAUGAAGGUGACUCUGACGACGAAGACGAUGGCGACGAAACCCUGGUGUCGCCCGAUACCGUGGUGAUGGUGCUUCAGCUUCUCUCGGCGAUACUAUCGGAAAACAACACUUUUGAUUCUCAAUCACUUGACCUCCUCAAACAGAUUAAGUCUACCCUUGAAACCGAAGAGUAUAAGUCCCUCCCAGCGGCGCAAUCGCUUGUUGAUCGCAUCGAUGAGAUUAUAAGUGGGGGUUCAGUCCAGGACAGCCCCCUUCUGGACCAGGAAAAAGUGUUAAAGAAAGCCAUUUCCAGCUUAAACGAUCCAUUGGUCCCGAUUCGGGCCCAUGGUCUCUACUUGUUACGCCAACUUAUUGAGAAGAAAAGCAGUGUCAUCGACAUCUCCUUCACCGUUAAUCUCCACUUGAUCCAAUUAAGUGAUCCGGAACCGUUUGUCUACCUCAAUACCAUCAAGGGUCUCGAAGCCCUCAUUGACCUUGACCCUCAGCCAGUGUUACUGGAGCUCUGCCAACUAUACGCUCCUACCGCUAAGGUCACGUCUGCUGAAGAGAACGAUGUCGACCAGCGACUCCGCAUCGGCGAAGUCCUCCUUCGCUACGUCCAACUGGCGGGCGAAAUGUUUGCUAACGAUGCCAGUAAGCUCGUGGUGAGUACCGCAUUACGGGUGGUGGAAACGCCCCAGGAAGACUCUCGUCUUCGCAUGUCGGCAAUGUCAAUACUCGGCAUAUGCUGCUACACCAACCCGAUUGGGUUUUUGGGUCUUGUGGGCGAUGCUCUCGACGCUGCUCUCCAGGUGCUUCAAGUGGAUAAGGGCAAAGACCUUGCCAUUGUCAGACGAGCCGCCUGCGUGAUGAUCCAUGACCUCAUUAUGGGCACCACCAGCUCUGCUGCGGUCCCGUUUCCUCGAGAGUAUAUGCAAAAAGUGUACGAUGCCCUCAAGUAUACUGCCACCACCGACGACGAUUUACUCGCGCGAGAACAAGCUCAGCGGGUAAUUGAUACCAUCGAAGAAGUGUCGCAAGAUGCGUGGAGCGAGCUUCAACAGCAGGAACGCGAUAAGUACGGGAUACUCAAAAUUACAUAG